AUGGCAGUCUCGUUACCCACAAUAGUUCUAGUACAUGGCGCCUGGCAUACCCCUGCCAACUACAAGAGCUAUAGCGACGCUUUAGAAGCACAAGGAUUCAAGGUCCUCUGUCCACAACUACCUUCAUGUAACGGCAAAUCACCUCCCGUCUCUUCAUUUACAGAAGACGUCACUGCUGUCCGCAAUGUUGUGAAAUUCCUCGUCGAAGCUGACGAGCGAGUUUUGAUGGCCAUGCAUUCUUACGGUGGAGCAGUCGGUACCGACGCCGUCGAAGGCCUAACAUUCGCUGACCGCAAGGCUGAAAGAAAAUCCGGAGGCGUCAUCCAUCUCUUCUACAUGUGCGCCUAUGUUGUUGUUCCCGGGACGUCGGUCUGGGAUAUCUGUCAAGAAGCAGGGUUCGCUCAACUCUGGCCUCAAUUCAUCCAGAAUUUCGAUGAUGGAUCUACAUUCCCCGUAGACCCAUCUCUCUCAUUUCUUGGCGGUGUAGAACAGAAUAUCGUCGAAAAAGCGCUCCCAAAUCUUGUGAGGUCUCCAAUGUCGGCGUUUGAGACGAAGACAAAGGGGGAUGCGUGGAGAAGAGUUCCGGUUACGCCGUAUCAAGAUCUUAUGCUUGAGAAGGUGAAGAGUGAGGGGGUGGUGAUUAAGACGGAGGAUUAUGAGACGUGUCAUAGUGUUUUUAUCACGAAGGAGAAGGAAAUGGUGGAUGCGGUUGUGGUGGCAGCGAAAGAUGAGAGGAAUCUGAUAUAA